AUGGGCUUCACCACCGCCUGGAAGCGGUUCUCGGCGCGCCAGCUCAACAUUGCCAUCCAGGUCUUCUCCCUCAUCAGCAUCUUCUUCGAGGGCUAUGACCAAGGCGUCAUGGGCGGCGUCAACUCUGCCCCGACCUAUGUCACCACUGUCGGCAUUGGCUUGCCCGACGGCACCAUCACGAAUACCGUUCACGAGGGUGGCAUCGUUUCUGUCUACUACCUCGGCUGCAUUUUUGGAUGUUUUGCUGGUGGUUGGGCUGCCGAUCGCAUCGGUCGCAUCAAUGGCCUCUUUAUUGCUGCCUUCUUUUCUCUCGUCGGAGGUGCCCUGCAGGCCGCUGCACAGUCCAGCAACUUCAUCCUCGUGGCUCGUGUCAUCACGGGCAUCGGCACCGGCGCUCUGACCGGCAUCACCCCCGUGCUUAUCUCCGAGACAUCCACGGCCAAACACCGUGGCGGCUACCUUGGCUACGUCUUCAUUGCGAACUACCUUGGCAUCUCCAUCGCCUACUGGCUCUCCUUCGGCCUGGCCUUUGUCGACGGCGGCUAUUCGUAUGUCCGCUGGCGCUUCCUGCUGGCCUUCCAAUGCUUUCCCGCCCUUCUUCUGCUGGUCGGCGUCAAAAUGCUGCCCGACAGCCCGCGCUACCUGGCUUCGGUCGGUCGCCUCGAUGAUGCCCGCGAGGUGCUGCAGCACAUUCGCGGCAGCUAUGACGAUCAAGUGCAUCACGAGUUCCUCGAGAUUGUCGCCGUCGCCCAGCAGAGCCAGAAGAGCUCGCCCAUCCAGUUCGCCAAGAUCCUCGCUGGCCGCGGUGGCAAGCCCAAUCACCAUCUCGGCCGACGUGCCUGGCUGUGCAUCAUCCUGCAGAUCAUGGCCUCGUGGACCGGCAUCACGGCCGUGACUGCCUACUCACCUGUGCUGCUGUCCGCUGCCGGCUACGACACCCUGACCCAGAACGGCCUCGCCGGCGGCCUGAACACGAUCGGCAUUGUCGGCACCAUCAUCAGUGCCCAGAUCGUCGAUCGCCUGGGCCGCCGGCCUUGUCUGAUGUACGGCGCCUUUGGCCUGUUCGUGGUCAACCUCGUCGCUGCGAGCGUUUACGAAGCCUCUCGACACAAUCCCGCCAAGGCGUCGCAAUUUGCUCCUGCCGCCGUGGCCAUGCUUUUCUUGUUCAACAUCUGCUAUGCGGCUACCUGGGGCACCGUGGCCUUCUUGAUCCCCACCGAAAUCUGGUCCUCCGAUAUGCGUGCCCAGGGCAAUGGCUUUGGCAUCACAGGCUGGGCCAUUGGCGUUGGCUGGACCGUGCUCGUAAACCCCAUCAUGUUUGCAAAGCUCGAGAACAGGACGUACUUUCUCUUCGCCGGGCUCAACCUUCUCUGGAUCCCGAUUGUCUAUUUCUUCUAUCCCGAAACGACCGACCGCUCACUUGAGUCCAUCGACGCCCUCUUCUCGACCAGCAGUCCGUUUAGCUGGGACAUGGAAGACGCAUACCGCAAGCACGGCGACGUGCUGGCUGAGCACCCGGUGGCUGAUCCUAUCGACGAGCACAAAUCAGAGUCCGUGAAGAAGAAGCAGAUGAUCGAAACAAGUGGUGAAGUCUGA